AUGCCCGCCGUUCUUGAGGCUCUUCAGUGGCCAACUGUGAACUUUGAUGCGUCUGCCGCUUCACCCGGGCCUAAUACGCGCGCGAAAACGGACAUUGUAGUGGAGACAUGGGAAGAUUGGACAGACUUUACGUUUGAAAACAUCAUGGCUAUGUAUGGGCCCAUGUUGGCCCGUCCGUAUCUCGGUCAGAGAGAGCCAAGGCCCUUGAAAAAGGACUUGGAGGUCUACGACGAAACGUCUGUUGAUGACGGGCUGAGACGGUUUAUGAUGCCAAUCAUUAACAGUGCUUUGCAUUCCAUGAUGAGGAAAGAGGAACUAUCCGACGCCCCUUAUUACUGCCGGGGAACAAGAUGCGAUCUCUAUGAAUUCAAACCUGACUGGGCCGCUGUGUCGGAUCUGGUAACAGACAAGAGGGAAUACAAGAAUCUCGUGGGUGGGGACACUAAAGUCAGUUCCAAGUUCGGACCCGACAUGCUCCUCGACAACUUUAAGGAAUGGCAAAAGGUUCUCACUCAGAUAGCCGCGUAUGCAGACCAUCUGGGCGUCCGGUACAACCAUAUCCUUACAGACCAGGGCGCUGUGGUUCUCAGGUUCAGUCGCCGGCGAAUCGCACCUGGUAUUGCGGCAAAUCUUCCCAAAAGAUCAACGAGAAGUUUCCUCCAACUAUCUAGCGACCCAUAUCUACCCUCCAGCCAGCCCUACGAGGACGAGGACGCCCGAGGUUCGGAUCCUGUUGUCGAAUUCAAGUCAAUCCCCUGGAGCGUGAGCGGUUCCGGGAAGCUCACCGCAAAACUGGCCCUCGCUGUCUUGCCAUUGAUAUCUUUAUAUGGGGACAGAUAUAUCGCUUAUUCGUACCCUCGCCUAAGUAUGUGGCGCACUGCGAACCAGCAGGAAAGGGGGGGGAGAAUAAAGCACAAUACGAAUGGAGCAGUUCUUCCGGCGGGCACCCGUGGUAUGAGAAUGGAAGAACCCGAGCCGAUUAAUGACGAACACAAGCAAAAGGACAAGGCUCACGGAGAGGAGGGCCGGGAGGCAGAGGAUGAGUACGAGGACGAGGACGGGAAUGAGGAUGAAGAUGAGGAUGAAUUCGAGGACGAAGAUGAGGACGAGGAUAAAGAUGAAGACGACGACGAGGAAGCGCGACCACGGUUCAGCAGAGCGCCGUCUACUCUCGGAGACAGAAAGGCCGGGAGAAGCCGCACGUACGUUACCAAGCACCUCUCCACCCAAUGA